AAGUUUAAGAUAUUUGACCUUAGAAAGCAUCUUCUGAAAAAUCUAUAAAUUCAUAUACGCUAAUGCUUUAUUCUGCAACUCGUGUUCUCAUACCAAGAAAAAAUCUCAGUUUCCUUAGGCAAUUUUCUUCGAUUCUAAAGCCAACCCAUUUCAAUUUCGUAUCUAUUAAGCCGAUCCAAACAGUUCUUUCCAAUUCUAUUGUUUCCGCUAAGAGAUUUGAGUUGUUUUGUUUAAGAUCAGAUUAUAGUACCAUGGCCAGCCAAUCUAGCAAGCCUCAAUCUAUUUACGACUUCACUGUCAAGGAUGCUAAGGGUAAUGAUGUUGAUCUCAGCAUUUACAAGGGAAAGGUCCUUAUUAUUGUCAAUGUUGCAUCACAGUGUGGCCUGACAAAUUCGAACUAUACUGACAUGACCGAGAUAUACAAGAAGUACAAGGAUCAAGGUCUGGAGAUACUUGCAUUCCCUUGCAACCAGUUCGGUGGGCAGGAGCCUGGAAGCAUUGAAGAGAUCCAGAACAUGGUUUGUACUCGCUUCAAGGCCGAGUACCCCAUAUUUGAUAAGGUUGAUGUGAAUGGUGAUAAUGCUGCUCCACUGUAUAAGUUCUUGAAAUCAAGCAAAGGUGGGUUCUUUGGGGAUAGUAUCAAGUGGAACUUCUCCAAAUUCCUUGUUGACAAAGAAGGAAACGUCGUCGAUCGCUACUCUCCAACCACUGCUCCAGCUAGCAUGGAGAAGGAUAUCAAGAAACUUUUGGGGGUUGCUUAAGCUCCGGAUUUAUCUGCAUCUGCAUUCCUCUACUGGAAAUAAUGAGAGACUACUAUAGUGAAUAAGUUCUAUGUUGAUGUAAUUUGCUUCUUGUUUUGCCACUACUUUGUUCAGCUGCUUGUACAAUUUCAAUAUUCAAUAUAUUUCCAGUGGCAAGUA